AUGCCGCUGUGGCCUGCCUUCGAAGAGCUCGAACUCCAGCCUCACCUGCAGGCCAAGCGGAAGCAUCGGAGGCGCUCUAUCCUUCACUCAAACACAGCAACCGGCAUGGGAGGAGAAGAGGACAAACACCACCACCGGCGUGAGUCACUGCCCCAGCAUCCGCGCUUCUCUAUCAAUCCAGGCCUGCCACCACAAAUCUCGUUCGACGAGAAUACUGGGAUCAUCAGAGGCUGCCCGUUGAUGGAGCACGUGGCGGGGCGCACCUACACGAUCUCUGUCUGGGAUCGCACCAGCAGUGAGGAGGCACUAGGCAAGUGCUCGGUGGCCUUCGCUGUGGCUCCUGCGGAGGUUGCAAAGCUGUGCAAUGCCGCCUUUGCUCAGGACGCCACAAGCUCGAAAGAGGCACAUGCUGGCUAUCCAUCCACGUCUGUAGCGCCAGAUCCUGCGACCCCUUCGACGAGGGGAGAGGAGAUCCAAAGUCCGAAGCCUGCGAGCACUGCGAGCGUCCCAAGUCGAGGACUCGAUGCUCCCAAGAGGUCGCCCGCGUUGGCCCGUGUCCAGCCACCAGUGCACUCUGCAAGGCCGUGGAUGACUCCGUACGAGUCGCUGAAGACACCUUGGCAGAAGCCUUCGAGACAAGCGGGUGUCAUCUGCCUUGGGCCGCCACUCAAGGACCGCGUGGCGCCGUCUGCACCCGGGCAGCCUGGAAGCAAAGGUCGAUCCGUUCUGCCUCCAGUGCACCUCUCCACUCCACGUGGCACCGGCGGACCACGGAUCUGA